AAGUCAUUGAAGAAUGCUCAAAGCUUUGGAUUCGGAUUCGGACGCAAAAUGCCACCGCGUCGGACAACACGACCACAACAAGCUUUCUGACCGUUACAUGGUGAAGCCAAGGACUUUUCCCCUCCAGUAACUAAUCUCAGUUUCUCCAGAGGACUGUGACUGUUUGGCAGCACCAUGCCACGGGUCCCCCACUGCAGCUGCGCCCCGGUGACAACGGCAACAUAAUGGCAUGUAGGAGCGGCUGCUGCUGCGGCUCCGGUCCUAUCAACGAGGAUAACGCGAGGUUCCUGCUGCUGGCGUUGUUCAUCAUCGUCUAUCUCCUGUGCGGCGCCGCUGUCUUCUCAGCGCUGGAGCAGCCGAAGGAGCGAGAGGCCAAGGAGCGUUGGGCGCAGAGGUUCGAGCAUUUCAGCCAGAAGUACAACCUGAGCAAGAAAGACUUGAACAACUUCCUGAGGAACUAUGAGGAGGCAAACGUAGCUGGGAUCCGAGUGGACACUAUUCGACCACGAUGGGACUUCACUGGUGCGUUCUACUUCGUGGGAACUGUGGUAUCAACCAUUGGCUUUGGGAUGACUACGCCUGCCACCAUUGGAGGAAAAGUCUUUCUGAUGUUCUAUGGCCUUCUCGGCUGUGCUGCUACCAUUCUCUUCUUCAACCUCUUCCUGGAGCGUGUCAUCACCGUAAUCGCUGUGGUCCUCAAGUCCUGCCACGAACGACGCCAUAACAAGGCUGUGCUCCCACAAAAUGGCCGGCGUGUCUCAGAGGGAGGUCAAGCCAGUGGAGGCGGUAGAGGCAAAGCUGAGGAUUUAUCUGGCUGGAAGCCUUCAGUCUACUGCGUCAUGCUCAUCCUAGGUGCAGCGGCCAUCUUGGUGUCCUGUUGUGCCUCACUCAUGUACUCAGCAGCAGAGGGCUGGGGCUACCUGGAUUCCCUCUACUUCUGCUUUGUGGCCUUCAGCACCAUUGGUUUUGGGGAUAUGGUGAGCAGCCAGAGGGUUGUCUACGAGGGCCAAACCACAGCAGCAUACAGGGUGGGCAACUUCUUCUUCAUCCUCACUGGUGUCUGCUGCAUCUACUCCCUCUUCAACGUCAUCUCCAUCGUCAUCAAGCAGGUGCUCAACUGGCUGCUGCGGAGACUAGAGGCCCCCUGCCGUUGCUGCUUCCCCAAGAGGGGUCAUCAUCCCCACCGGCACCCCCGACGCAAUGUGGUGGCCCCGGGCCACCUACGUACCCGCAGAGACCCCUCUAUCGAGACAGAUGCCAUCAAUGAAAGUGAGACUGACCCUGGGCGCAGGAUGUCUGGGGAGAUGAUCUCCAUGAGGGACUUCCUAGCAGCCAAUAAGGUAAAUCUGGCCAUUAUGCAGAAGCAACUAUCGGAGAUGGCCAUCGGGCACCCGCGCCAGUCCAGUUCCAGUUCACGGCAGAACGGAUUCUCAGGAGGGGUGGGCGCCCUUGGCAUCAUGAACAACCGGCUGGCUGAGACUAGUGUGGACAGAUAGGGGGGAAACUAGAUUGGAAAUAGCUAAGAGGGUGAGACUAGUUAGAACAAAAUGCUUUCCUGAGUACCCAUACCUGAGAGACAAAAAAAGAUUUAUAAAAUGUAUGAA